GCGGGAUAGAAUACAUUAACUACAAGAAGAAGUGAACAUUCCUGGAGGAUCACUCAGACUCAACACACCUUUGUAGGGAUGUGGUAUAAAGAGUAGGUGGCCAAUUUUGAUAGAAAGGAAACGGUUGAGGAGAAAGAGGGAUUUCCAGUCUUUAAUUGAAGAACUGUAGGCGGUGAUGGUAUGGACUCAGUAACGAAGAAAACCAAACGGGAUGGAGCAGAAGUCUCCGAAAGACUUAUUACAGAGUCAGUAACCACAAGACUGACGUCCUUACCACCAAAAGGGGGGAGCGGCACUGGGCACAAAACAGCCCACGGCGGAGGGAGUGGAAUGGAAAAGAGGACUUUCACCCAUGGCAGCAGCUACGUGACUUCAAGUGGAAGUGGUCGAAUGAAUUCAUCCUCCUCCUCCGGCUACAGGCAAACCCCGUCUCCCUGCUCUACUCUCCCCAAAUCACCCGGCUCAACCUUUGAAAGAAAAACCUACGUCUCCCGCAAUGCAACAUAUGAAGGGAGCUCCAGCGCAAAUUCUUCUCCUGAAUUCCCUAGAAAAGAGUUCGCAUCGUCCAACACCAGAGGACGGAGUCAAAGCCGAGAGAGCGAAAUCCGAGUCCGACUCCAGAGCGCUUCUCCCUCAACCAGAUGGACGGAACUGGAUGAUGUGAAGCGUUUGCUGAAGGGGAGUCGAUCGGCCAGCGUCAGCCCCACACGGUCGUCAUCCAGCACUCUCCCCAUCCCCAAGAAAGCUGUAGUGGAAACGAAGAUGGUGACUGAGAGCUCCCAGUCAGUGUCGGGGACAUACGACACAACCAUACUGAAUGCUGCCCUCCCUCCAUACAUGUGGUCCUCCACCCUGCCUGCAGGGUCUUCCCUUGGCAGUUACCACAACAACAUGGCCCAGGGUUCUUCCCUGGUCAACACCAUGUCCCAUUCAACAGGAUCAGUGUUUGGCGUCCCAAAUAACCUGGCUCCCGGCUCUCCCACUCUGAACACAGGGCUGAGCAGUUCCUCAACAGUGUUUGGUGUUCAAAACAACCUGGCUCCAAGCUCUGCAGCCAUGACUCAUGGUGCAACCACAGCCUCCACAGUAUACGGAGUGAAGAAAAAUACUUCCCAGAGCGCUGGCAUGGCUGGUAGUGGAGUGUGCACUUCAGCUGUUGGAAGCACUGUGAACUCCCAGAGCGACGACAUCCUGCGUAAAGACUGCAAGUUCCUGCUGCUGGAGAAGGAGAACGUCCCUGCCAAGAAGGAGAUGGAGCUCUUGAUCAUGACGAAGGACAGCGGCAAGGUCUUCAGUGCUUCCAGCAUGGGGCUCAGUGGAACGUCCUUUGCAGAAGACACCUUGAAGAAAGAAAAGCAGGGCUUCUCUUCCUCUUACGCUGCAGACUCCUACCUGAAAUCUGAAACAAAUGGCGGUCUAAAAUCCGUGUCAACAAAGGACAAAGCAACUUACGCAGAAAUUGGAGGCGAUCAUGGAGGGGGAGGGAUAGGGGCAGCCCCAGCUUGGUGUCCCUGUGGUUCCUGCUGUAGCUGGUGGAAAUGGCUCCUGGGUUUGCUCCUAGCCUGGCUGUUCCUCCUUGGAUUGCUCUUCGGACUCAUCGCUUUGGCGGAAGAAAUGAAGAAGCUGAAAUCUCGUGUGGAAAAUCUGGAGAAAGCCCAAGCCAACUACCUGUUAAUUAAUCCACACAAUGGGGAAUUAACCAAAAACAGUGAUUCUGAUGUCGGGAAAGGUCCAAACUAUGCUACAGGUUUCAGUCAUAAAGAUCAAGAGGCUCUCUGGCUGUUUAUGAGGAACAAAAUGGCUUUGGAAAGAGGACAAGGUUUCUUCCGAGGGGAGAAAGGGGAACCUGGUCUGAAAGGUGAUAUGGGAGUGCAAGGUCCCAAAGGAGAUCAAGGACUUCCUGGUCCACCAGGUGUCCCAGGUUUGACUGGGCACCCAGGACCAGAGGGACCGAAAGGACAGAAAGGCAGCAUGGGUGAUCACGGCAGAGAAGGACCCACAGGCCAAAGAGGGCGAGAAGGGCUACCAGGGCCUCGUGGGGAACCUGGACCACCUGGAUUUGGAGAGAAAGGAGACAGAGGUGCUGUUGGUGAUCAGGGACCUGCAGGACUGCCUGGGAUACCAGGGUCUGUUGGCCUCAAAGGCAUGACAGGUUCUCCUGGCCCACAAGGUCCACCAGGUUCUCCUGGUCUUCAAGGAUUUAGAGGUGAAGCAGGUCUCCCAGGGGGCAAAGGUGAGAAAGGAGCUUUGGGAGCACCCGGACCCAAAGGUGACCAUGGAGAGAAAGGACCUCGUGGUCUGACAGGCGAGCCAGGCUCAAGAGGGUUGCCUGGUCCUCCAGGGGAGCCAGGAGCUAAAGGAUCCGUAGGUCCAGCUGGCCCCGAUGGACACCAAGGCCCAAGAGGGGAACAAGGUCUCAUGGGAAUGCAAGGAAUGCGAGGACCGCCUGGACCCACUGGAGAUGCAGGACAGCCAGGUCUCACAGGACCGCAGGGACCCCCAGGACUCCCAGGCAACGUGGGUCCACCAGGGGCUAAAGGUGAACCUGGUGCUCCCGGCCGAGUUAUAACUGCUGAGGGUUCAUCGACUAUUGCUCUCCCUGGCCCUCCAGGGCCACCAGGAGCUGUCGGACCACCAGGCCCACCUGGUGUCCCAGGUCCUGUUGGGCCAGCUGGUCUCCCCGGACUGCAAGGUCCACGUGGCGAGAGAGGGCUCACAGGUGAAACCGUUAUGGAAACCAUCAAAUCAGAAGUUGCAACUUCAUUAUCUCAAAUUUCGUCAGAUUUACUGGGACGAGCAGGCCUCCCCGGCCCUCCAGGACCCCCAGGCACUUCCAUCCAGGGACCACCUGGACCUCGCGGCCCAGCAGGAGAAGGAUUACCAGGCCCGCCAGGCCCACCAGGCCCACCAGGCUCCUUCGUGCCCAACUCAGAAACAUUCUUCGCAGGCCCACCAGGUCCACCAGGCCCACGAGGGCCAAAGGGAGACCAAGGUUCCCCGGGCCCACGCGGAUUCACAGGUGACCCAGGUCAGCCUGGCCUCCCAGGAAUCUCUGCUUCAGGUGCUGGAGUCGCCGUCCAGGGACCUCCCGGACCCGCAGGGCCUCGAGGACCCAAAGGAGACAAAGGUGAUGCAGGCGUGCCAGGGGCCCCCGGCAUCCCAGGAGGGUCUUCAACAGGCGGAUCUUCAAACUCAAGAUACAGCCAGGGUCCACCAGGUCCUCCCGGCCCCCGCGGUCCCCCAGGCCCAGCUGGAGGCUCGCUGCAGGAGAUUCAGCAGUACGUUGCGGAGUACUUGCAGAGUGACACCAUCGGGCGUUAUCUGAUUGGACCUCAAGGCCCACCAGGACCCCCCGGGCCACCAGGAAUCAUCACCACCAUUGACGGACAAUCCUUGGACUACGCCGAGCUGGCCAGGCGUGUUAUGAGCUCCAUGAGGAGCUCCGGUUACAGUAUUGAGAUGUCAUCCUCCUCCUCAAGAUUCCUGACUUACGAAGACAUCCUGGCCAUGCUGCAGAGAGAAGAAGUUCGUCAGUAUCUAGUUGGACCUCAGGGGCCUCCAGGCCCGCCUGGACCCGGAGGAGAUGGCUUGUCUCUGUCACUGAACUAUGAUGAGUUGACCAGCCGGGUUAUAAGCUACAUAACAAAUAAUGGACUCAGUAUUGGCCUCCCGGGACCCCCUGGUCCUCCAGGAUUACCCGGCACAUCUUACAGUGACCUAAUAGCUUUACUCCAAGGCUCUGAAUUUAGAGGCAUUGUUGGACCUCCAGGGCCACAGGGACCCCCUGGAAUUCCAGGCAGCUCUUUCUCCACGUUCAGCCUAGAGGAUGUCACCUCUUACCUGCAAAGUGUGGGAUACGCUUCUGUCUCUGGACCACCGGGACCCCCAGGACCUCCAGGGCCACCAGGGCCACCAGGUCUGUCAGGAACUGGCCACUUCUCCUACACUGACAACGUGCUGAGCGACACAUUUAGGAGCGAGCUGAUCCAAUAUCUAACCAGUGAUGAUGUUCGAAGGUUCAUCUCGGGGCCUCCCGGGCCCCCGGGGCCUAUGGGCCCACGAGGGCCAAAAGGAGAUAGCGGCCUCAUGGCUGGGUCCCAUGGAGGAUCCCAGGGUGCAGAUGGAUCGUACCGUGGCACCAUGGGCAGCGAUGGGUCAUACGAUGGCUCAGUGGGUGCAGACGGAUCGUACAGUGGAUCCCUGGGAGCAGAAAGAACACAGAGGAGAUCGAUGAGUUCGAGCGGCUCCUACAGCGAGUCAUUCACCGGAUCGCUGGAUUACAAUGAGCUGGCACUCCGGGUGUCGGAGAGCAUACAGAGCCGAGGCCUCCUCCGGGACAUGGUCACUUACGCUGCACAAGGUCCGCCAGGACCCCCAGGGCCGCCUGGGAUCAGCAGGGUGUUUGCAAACUAUGGCAACGUCACCGAGGACCUCGUGGACUUCUUCAGAACAUAUGGUACCAUCCCAGGGCCACCUGGUCCGCAGGGAGAGAUGGGCUACCCAGGGCCCAAAGGUGAGGCUGGACCAAUGGGGCCUCCAGGACCCCAAGGACCCAGGGGCCCGAAGGGGGAGAAAGGAGAGAAAGGUGAACAAGUAUUUGUUGGCAGACGAAAAAGAAGAAGCGCUGGGGUCUAAGUUAAGCACCAGGAUCAGUAUUCCGUACCGCGGGAUCCAGAGCCACCAUGUUGGAAUCCAGUAGAGAAUUAGCCUGAUCUUUAUUGGCUUCCUGCUAGAAAACCUUCCUAGUCAGUCAACUAACCACAUAGACUUGGUAGUUCAGGAUGUGUCUUUUUUUUUUUAAUUUGAUGUUGUUGGGCUUUGAAUGACUCUAGUUUGUACGUGUCCAACACAGAACUACCAGUUGGGAAUAUGCUCCCAUUCAUUCGCAGUGCAUUAACCCCACACACACUGUCUGCUGAUGAGACGUGUAUUCAAGUUCCCGCAUUCGUAUCUUAGGUCUUGUAAGGACUUCCUUUGUCACCAAUCCAGGUGUCCUGCAUUAGGGCCAGACUUAGUUAAAUACAGUGAAACCUGCUUUAACCAACUACUCAAGCCUCCUGGAAAAGAAAAAUCCAGUAUCCUGGAGAUUAAGGCGGCGAGCAGUUUUUCUGACAUUAGAAUCGGAGCCACGGUUUUGAACUGAAGCUUGGACAAAAGUGAUUGGGUGGCUUCGGUAAUCACAGAAGUAGGUUGUCUCAAGACACUGGGGUGACAUCCUUCAUACAGGUUUCAUUGUACUUCCCACCAGUCACUGUUGAAUGGCUAUGGAGCGUCUCUUCAUUCUGCUGCGUUCUGUAGCCAUGUUGGGUGGUCUGAUCAGCAAGCGCACUUAAUGAACACAGCAAUGGAAGGAACUAGGCCAAACUUCUGCAGGGAUCUGGAUUUCUUGGAGGGGAAGCAGGUGGGUGGGGGCAAUUGUGGAAUUCUCUGUAUCCGUCGACAAAAACAUUUUCUUGGCAUCGCCCAUAAAUGCAUUUGGCGUUUGUUAAGUCCAUGUGAUUAUGCACCAGAAAUGGCUACCACAUCCUGUCCUUUUAUAGGCCAAUGGUACAAAGGGAGUUCAUACGACACUACCACAUAUUGACAUACAUACACACGCAGGGUGGGCGCCCAUACACUAUGCAAGUCACAUUGCCAAAUACGCUUUUAAUUUCAAUUGCUAACAGCAUUGCCAAGAUGGGAAGGGUGUGGGGCGAGUUCGAACUUAAGCACUUUUGUUAAAACAUAAUUUGUUGAUUUAAAAAAAAAUAUUUUUAUAUGGUUCUUUUUAUGGUGGGGGGGAAAUAUUGCAUUUUUAAUGUAAACCUCCCAAUUAAAGUGUGUUUUUAACCCUGUGUUCUCCGGAGCAAGCUUACAUUUGGAAAGCAGCACUAGACUUAGUGUCACAAUGGGUAGACACAUCUAACGACGUCAGGGUACAUUGUCUCAAACAAAGCACAACACAGCAUGCGGCGGGAUGGUAACUGGGCCCAUCUGAAGACCCAGGCCUGUUUUCUGCACUUCCCAUCUCAUCAUGGAGAAUUAUCAAUGUGAGCUUUCUUUGUGCCAAGCGGUCACUGUCCUAAUUGAUUGUACAGUGAACAGUCAACCUCAACAGCCAACUGUCUGAGCACAUGAUUUCCAUUAAUGUUAGCACAUGGCUCAAGGGGAAAAUGGCCCCCUUUGUCCCGCUGACAUCGUCUUCAUUUCUUCAGCAAUCUGAUUAUUUCAAAAUCUUAAAUUUAUCACAUCAUUGCAGGGCUAAUUUGGCGGGAAAAGGGCCAGCAAAACUGGCCAUGUGAUGGCUUAACUGGAAGGGCUCUAUGAACUACAGAAAUUAAAGCGCCAGUCAUUUUAAGGCUGAAUUGUAUGCAGUUUUCCAUUUGACACACAGUCUCACUUCACCAUUUUAAUUGUGGGACAGUUCAAUAGCACACACACACACUAUCUGGGAGGGUAUACUCACUUCCAGAAUUACCCUGUGGAUAAUCCCAAGGAUGUAUGCUAGCAAACGCUGAUUUUCUUCCAUUUAAAGGUGUUAGACUGGAACUGGGAGCUUAUCUGCUAGGCAGGUUUGGUAUCUGAGCUUCAUAGACCAAAUCAUAUAUCUUACUGAAACCAACCUUAUUUUCAUUCAAAGCUUAAACACCAGCCAUCGGUGUCAUUCAUUAACUCUAGUGAAAGGCCAUGCUACAAAGCAGAUUUUAGCUGGUCCAUUUAUUUUCUGUGUCACUUUGUUCUGAGGGUUUGGCACAAAGGCUGUGUUGAACAGGCCGACUUUCUGAAUACACAGAAGCUUGCAAUGUUUUUAAUAAAUAAAGUCUACUAUUGGGUUGUACACACAAUGCCUGUACUUGAUAAGCUGAGCCCUUCCCUUUGUAAUAAAAUUCCCUUUAAAAAUGUCA